UUUAAAGUAUAUACAAUGCAUACACAGAAUGCAAAAAAUCAGUGAGACUGACCACAAAUGAAACAAUUCUGUAUAUCAUUUUUUGUUAUUUAAUUGUUUUGUUUUUAUCAGAUGGAGGAAGAAGAAGAACAAAGCUUCACAUUUUUGGCCACCCUGACUUUUAAUGACUGGGCAUCAGCCAUAGAAAAACCUGUGUUAGUCAACUUAUUCUAAUAAUUCCAUUUAAAUAGCAAUAAUACUUUUUUGUAUAGUGGCUUUAUGAAAAUGCUCAAAAACACCUUACAUCAAUACAAAACAAAGUAUAAAAUCAUAUCAAAUACACACAUACAAAUACAACAUUGAAAUACACACACAGAAGAAAUCAGUCAGAUAUUUCAUCAUUUACCUACAGAAAUGUGUCAUUUCCUGUCUGCCUGCUAACACAGCUCCUUUCUCCACAUGGCCAAUCUGGAGCAUAUAUAUACCAACUUGCUUUACACAAACCUUCUAAGUCUACAUUUGAAUGUAUUUAACAGAAACGGAGUACACUGGACUCCUGUGACUCUGCUGCCAGUUCCUGCCUCCAUGGCACCAGGCUCCACCCUCUCCUGGAAGCCCCUCCCCCCACCACAAAGCCUUUUAUCCCUCCAAUCCCAGACAGCUGUAGGCAGCAGGCGUGUUCCUUUGUCCCAUUCUCGUAAAUGCGGUAUUGGAGAAAUGCUCUUGACACGGCCUAACAUUUCCUUUUGGAGUCGUCAAAAAGUCACACAUUUUGGCCUUUAUCCAGAAUCUGCACACUUAUAUAUCCAGAAGGUUAAAGGUUACAUCCUACACUGGGAUGUUUGAUGUUCUGCACCACUUCUCCAUUUUUCAUUAUUCAAUACAAUGAGUCAGGAACAGGGAAAGAAACUGAAAACUGACCUGCUGUGAGGCACUCCUUCUCACUGUCGGCCCGGCAAUAUCCAGAAUAAUCCAGAUAUAAUAAUCAAAUCUAACCACCUCUAUCGGCCUCUUCAUGAAGAAGGAAAAUCACAGCGAUGUUCACACUCACCGAGGUUGCGUCUUUGAAUGACAUUCAGCCAACGUACCGCAUCCUAAAGCCAUGGUGGGACGUCUUCAUGGACUACUUGGGGCUGGUCAUGCUCAUGCUGUCCAUAUUCGCCAUGACCAUGCAGAUCACCAAGGACCAGGUGGCAUGCCUUCCUUGUUUGGAGGACCCUGACGAGGCCUCAGGACCUAAACCUAACUCCAUCCCCCAGCAGCCCACACACCAAGCAGCCACAUCUGCAGCCACUGGGGCUCCGGUGUUAACCACAAUCCCGCACAUCUCCAAGGAUUUACCGGACGAGGCUGUUCGCGAGAUCCACAUCACUCACCAACACACUGCAGUGGUGGCAGAGAAAUAUGUCAAUCAACCUCAGCCGACAGGAGUCAGGACCAAUCUGGACUAUCAACAAUAUAUCUUUGUCAACCAAAUGUGUUACCAUGUUGCCUUGCCCUGGUACUCCAAGUACUUUCCAUACCUGACUCUCAUCCACACACUUGUUCUUAUGGUCAGUAGCAACUUCUGGUUCAAAUACCCCAAAACGAGCUCAAAGAUUGAGCAUUUUGUUUCUAUUCUGGGACGAUGUUUCGAGUCUCCCUGGACUACUAAGGCUUUGUCUGAAACUGCUUGUGAGGACUCGGAGGAGAACAAGCAGAGGCUGACCAGCACCACUUCAGCACCAAAACAUGUGUCUUCAGAGGGGAAGGAUGAAAGCACGGGCGUCAACUCAUCCACUCCCAUGCUUGGUGUGAAGUUCUCUGCAGAUAAACCCAUCGCAGAGGCCCCGAGCAGUAUGACAAUCCUGGACAAAAAAGAUGGGGAGCAGGCAAAAGCCUUGUUUGAGAAAGUGAGAAAAUUCAGAGCUCACGUGGAAGACAGUGAUUUCAUCUACAAGCUUUAUGUUGCUCAGACUGUUGUCAAAACUGUUAAGUUUAUCUUGAUAUUAUCUUACACCUCAACCUUUAUGGCUAAGAUUAACUUUAGGCAUAACUGUGAACCUGAUAUUAAACAGCUAACGGGAUACAAAAAGUUUUUCUGUACGCACAACAUGGCUUUCAUGCUUAACAAGCUGCUUAUUAGCUACAUGGCUUUGAUUCUGAUCUAUGGGAUGGCGUGCUUGUACUCUCUCUUCUGGGUGUUUCGACGACCUCUGAAAGAAUACUCAUUUGAGAAGGUUAGGGAGGAGAGCAGCUUUAGUGACAUUCCUGAUGUCAAAAAUGACUUUGCAUUCCUUUUACACAUGGUUGACCAGUAUGACCAACUCUACUCCAAGCGCUUUGGCGUCUUCUUGUCUGAGGUCAGUGAAAACAAGCUGAGGGAGAUCAGCCUCAAUCAUGAGUGGACCUUUGAAAAACUACGGCAGCUUGUGACCCGUAAUUCACAGGACCAACUGGAGCUUCACCUUUUCAUGCUCUCUGGACUCCCGAAUGCAGUGUUUGACCUCACAGACUUAGAAGUGCUUAAACUGGAGCUGAUUCCUGAGGUGAGGUUCUCGGCCAAAGUCUCCCAAAUGACCAGCCUGCAGGAGCUGCAUCUCUGCCACUGUCCUGCGAAAGUAGAGCAGACAGGUUUUGCUUUCCUCCGUGACCAUCUUCGCUGUCUUCAUGUGAAGUUCACUGAUGUUGCCGAGAUCCCGGCUUGGGUGUACAUGCUAAGGAGUUUGAGGGAGCUCAACCUUAUUGGCAACUUGAGCUCUGAAAAUAACAAAAUGAUCGGUCUCGAGUCCAUGCGUGAUUUGCGACAUUUAAAGACACUAUGCCUGAAGAGCAACCUGUCUAAAAUGCCCACAAACAUCACAGAGCUUUCACCACAUUUGAUAAAACUAGUCGUGCACAAUGAUGGCACAAAACUGCUGGUGCUAAAUAGUUUGAAAAAGAUGACAAGUAUAAUUGAACUGGAGCUACACAGCUGUGAACUAGAGAGGAUCCCCCAUGCUAUUUUCAGUCUGAUCAACUUACAGGAGCUUGACCUGAAAUCGAACAACAUUCGAACCAUAGAGGAGAUCAUCAGCUUCCAGCACCUCAAGAGGCUGACGUGCCUCAAACUGUGGCACAACAAAAUAAUCUCCAUUCCAUCCUCCAUCGGCCAGGUCAGGUCUCUGGAGUCUCUCCACCUCUCACACAAUAAACUGGAGUCCCUGCCUCCAGCUUUGUUCACUCUACCUAAACUGCGGCACUUGGAUGUUGGCCAUAACUCCAUCACAGUGCUCCCUCCUGAUGUUGGCCUCCUCCAAAACCUCCAGCACUUAGCCAUCAACUCCAACAAGCUGGAGGUGCUGCCCAAGCCUCUCUUCAGAUGCACCAAGCUGAAGGUGCUGUGUCUGGGGCACAACGCACUCACCGUGCUCCCAGAGAGUGUGGGUCAGCUGGUGCAGCUCACUCAACUGGAGCUGAGGGGAAACUGUCUUGACAGACUGCCGCCCCUGCUUGGAAACUGCCGCCUGCUGCGUAAACAUGGCCUGGUUGUGGAGGAUCACCUCUUUGACGCGCUGCCUGUGGAAGUGAAGGAGAGCAUCAGCCGAGAGACCAACGUGUCCUUUACAAGUGGCUUGUAGCACAAAACGCAGCAAACACACACACAGGCCUGCAGCUCUGCGGGAUCACAACAGGCUUGUACUAUAAUGGAUGGAAAAUAUGUUUUAUUAUAUAACAAAAACCAAUGAAUUGUCUUGAUUGUUUUAAUGGGUUUUAUUUACAUGUAUGUAUAAACCAACAAGAUUUUUAUUUUAUUGUUAUUAUUAUUAUUUGUUUUGUCGUGUAAGAAUCUAAUUUAGCAAUUUGUUUUGGCAUUUAGCUUUUUCAUAGAAUAAAAAUAAAACUUUGGAAAUCUAGUUCCUCUAUAGACCAAAACUGUUUGCUCUGGUGACACAGUAUGUAGAGAUUUCAUGGUUUUAGGUACUCAGGUGUAAUUGUUACCAUGGGGAACAAUCUUUUGCCUUAACUGCUGCUAUUUUUAUGGAGAAUACUUUCACAAACUUCAGGCCAAAUAGAAAUAUUUAAUUUUUUCCAUGUCAUUGGUUUUUUUUAAAAAAAAAACCAAAACAUACAUUAUCCAUCUGUAUGGUGUGGAAGCAGACAUGGUGAUGCUCCUUUUUUUGGUAUUAUUUAAUAUUUUGUUUUAUAACUAGCAGGAUAAUCUCAAAGUUGUAAAACUCAGGUGGAGACUAAGCACCAGAAAUGAACUUUUACCUUACCAUUGUAGAGAUUGCAUACCAAGGCCUAUAACAAUUCAUUUGCACAAUGAGAACACAAUUAUUUGAAGACCAAUGAAUAAUCUUUGUGAUAACAUGGUCAAAGACCAAUGUGAGCAGAUAAAAGGGAAAUCUGUUGACUGCCUUUUCUUAAAUCAUGCUUUAGAAUUUAGAAAUGUGUGAUGAAACUGCUCACAGGUAUUCCUGAUUAUCCUGCAUGUCAGAGUCACGUUUUGACAAUAAGAAUGUCUGCCUUCAUUUUUUUUUUCUCACUGUAUUUCUGUGCAAGCCUACUGUAUCUAUGUGUUUCUCUGAGCUGAUGUACCAGCUUGGUAGUCCCUUGUUCAAAGUUCACAACUUUAUGGCACAAUAAAACAAGAUUUUAGAUGAA